CACACUCUCUCCCCGGACCUUCUUCUCCUCCAGCAGUAGACCGAUUUCUAUACCGCGCAUGACCCCGCCGGCCAGCACUGACGGGCCCACCGUAGCCCAGGUAAUUACCGCUACAAAAGACUCCUGUGCUCGCCGCCAUGGACACAGAGAAAUUCUGCUCUAAGUACAUGUACCUUCAUUCCAUCGCACAUGGCAUUACCCCAUCAUUUGUCGUCGGGUUUGAUAGUACGCCACCUAAAGCCACCCUAGCUCGUAACGGAAUACACCAAGCUGUUCUUCGUAGUGCGUCCGCCUGCGCCGGUAGCCAUCCAUUAUUCGGGACGGUAGCGAUCCAUUAUCCCGGACGGAACAGGUGCCGCCAACGCCUAUAUUCAAAUCCUCGGUGUAAUGUUCCGCGAAGUGAAUCAACAUGACAGGCGGCCCGUUCACCCUCGCCCGUCCACCACCGUCUGCCAACAGCCUAGGAGCUGUGGCUGCGAACGAGCACCGGUGUACCAGG